AUGUGUCAGCAAAAACUGAAAACAAGCACAGUAUAUAAGUUCUUUAGCGUUGACAGCGUGCCAGAGUCGCUCGUUGUGUCUUGUGUGAAGAGAACGCCUCGCCCGCUGCAGCUCAGAAUGGAGUCCUAUCCCGGUCUGUCUGAUCUGGCUCUGAGAACGAUGUCAACUUUAACGGAGGAAGAAAUGGGAGAAAUGCUCGGAUGGAAAGUCGUAGACCCCGAGACAUUGUUUAAAACCUCACCUGUACCUGAUACGGUUGUCGCAACUCCAGCUCAAACUGAACCAAAAGAUCCGAGGAAACGAAGGAAGUAUACGCGCAAGGCUGCAGCCAAAAAGGUCGUCGACGAUUCAUCGAGAUCAACUCUGUUGCACUGUCUUAGUGCUGAUGAGUGCAAUGCAGCAAGUUGUCAACAUGUGAAGCAGUUUUUGCAGAGGUUGUUUGCUUUCUGUACUGUCAAAAUGCUAAAUGUGUGA